AGGAUAUUCGGGUGUGGGCGGUGCGGGCGCUGCGGCCUGGACAUCUCGCCCCAGGAGCUGGUUAUGAGGGCGCGACAUCAUGUCUUUCAUCUCCACUGCUUCACCUGCGCCUCCUGUCAUGUCCAACUUCAUAAAGGCGACCACUUCGGGAUGCGAGACGGAGCAGUCUACUGCCGCCCACACUACGAACUCAUCCUCCAAUCCGAGGCAGAAAUGGAGGCAGUGGGCGUGUCUGCGGGCAUGUCGUACCCGCCCCUCUCUCCGGCCACGCCCCGCCUCGCUUUCUACAACGGCGUAGGGGCGGCUCAGAAGGGGAGACCUAGAAAGAGAAAGUUACCGACGGAGGACUUGCCGCCCCUAACGCCUCUGACGCCUGGUAUGGGUAAGUAUCUCUUUCACUCACGGAUGGGAAAAUGUUUCUCAGUCCCGAUAUCGGUGGGGGCCAUCAACAUAUAGCUAAGUGUUAGUAAAUGCAGCAGCGUUCGAAAGCUGAUUUUCAGGUUUUAAUUUUAAUUCAUGUUUUGAGUGAUGGGAAAUAUGUCUCUAGUGGGCUUGAUAUUCUGUUUGUGAGGCUGUGAGUAUAUGAGUUUGCGUGCGUUCAUCUGUUGGUAUUUGUGUCUGUUUUUUUUGUGUGUGUAUGAAUGUCUGUAAUCGUUCUAAUACUUCAAUGGCUCAGCCAAUUUGGAUAAAUAAAAUGUAACCAUUCUUAUAAUGGGAUCAAUGUUCCAGCGGCCCGGUCUCUGACUAGGCCAAAGAAAGUUUUCUGCUGGACAAUUUUUUUUUUUUUUGCGGAGGAUUUCUCAGUAGCUAUUAUACAAACGUCUUAAUAGCGGUUCUUUAAAUUUUCUGUUGACCUUAGAACAUUAGUGGAACAUUCUCAGCCUUCAUAAGGUCAGUCUAGACCAUGAGUGCCUCUUGGCUCACAAAUCAAUAAACAUAAAAUGGAAAAGUCAAGUUCAGCCUGAGUUCAAUUUAGUUUAAGUGUGUAGAUACAUUCACAGUUGCGGACAUGUAUGUGGCUUUAAUAAAUAAACUCAUCUGUGAUACAAGGAGAUGCAACAGUUCCCAUUAUGUAUCCCCAUAUUACUGUUGGUAAUAUGGGAAUACAUAAUAAAUGCCAGACUACAGACACAAAACAGGAACUCACCACACUUCGAAAUAUUGAGGAAAUAAUAUUAAGCUUAAAUAUGAGCCUCUCCACAAUAUUACGACCAACACCAUUGGAUAUUAUCAGGCGGACAUAUUGUAGAAAAUAAAGGGACUAAGUAAAGAAAAAAACUAGCCAGGACAUAUAACAGAUAUUCAGUAAUGAUUCCAUGUAGGCAUCUCUAAUUAGAACUGGUCAAUGUGUGAAUUACAAAGGGUUGUAGAAUAUGAGAAAUUCUUUGGAGCAGGACGGCGUGAUCGAUCCAUGCAGCGUCCUGGUCCCCCCACCGGACGGCCCGCUGUAUAUAGCACGGUAUUGUGACCAGGCUGUGUAGUUGCAGGAUAUAUUGGUAACAGAUGAUGAAGUAAUGGGGCACCUGAGAGGGAGUUAGGCAGUUAGAAGGGAGUUAGAGUUAGAAAA